ACAAUGCCGUUAAAGACACAUGACAUCAAAAUAAUUGUAUCUGUGGUGGUUGCAGUAGCAGUAGCAGUCAUUAUACUUGUAGUGUUGGUAAUGUGUGUACUUUACAAGCGUAAGGCUGUAGCACUGGUAAGUCACCAAUAGCAAUAAAACAUGUACGAUGCUUUAAGAUAUUAAAAUUCAAUGUCAAUAAAUAUCGGUCAGUUUCGGAAGAGAUCUCUCCAACAGUGUGAUUUUUCUUUCUCUUCUUUCAUAAGUAUAAUAAUUCCUUUUCAUUCAACUAUGCUUUUUUUAAGCAUAAAGAAUUGGAGAGGACAUUGAUGCAUCCAAGUGGAGACUAUAUUCCUGAUAUACCUAUUGAUGAACAAACAUCCUGUUUACCCUAUGAUGCAAAAUGGGAGUUUCCAAAAAAGAAGCUCAGACAGGGUAUGGUAUUAGGUCAGGGAAAUUUUGGUCGUGUCAUUAAAGCCGAAGCUAUCGGUAUACUGGAAAAUGAAAUUGGUUCAACAGUUGCCGUAAAAACGGCCAAAGAUUGUACAGAUAAAGAACAAAUGAUGGCUUUAAUGUCAGAGCUGAAGAUAAUGAUACAUCUCGGUCAGCAUCUUAACAUUGUAAAUUUACUGGGUGCUGUGACCAAGGAAAUCAAAUAUGGUAAAUUAAUGGUGAUUAUUGAAUACUGUCAUUUUGGAAAUCUUCGUAACUACCUGAUUAAAAAGAAGGAAACGUUUAAGGACCCUAAAGACGAUAAAAUACCAGAUAAUCUAAAUAAAGGACCUUUAGAGGAUACAAAUGGUCCUCUUUUGACCACGAACAAUCUAAUGUGUUGGGCUUUCCAAGUUGCAAGAGGAAUGGAAUACUUGGCUUAUAAAAAGUACAUUCACAGAGAUUUAGCAGCUAGGAAUAUUCUGUUAGCACAUGAUAAUGUUGUGAAGAUCUGUGAUUUUGGACUUGCUAAAGACUGUUAUAAGAAUCCCGAGUAUCAUAAAAAGGGGGAUGGACCAGUUCCAGUGAAAUGGAUGGCAAUUGAGUCUUUAACACAUCAAAUCUACACCACUAAAAGUGACGUAUGGUCCUAUGGUGUGUUCUUAUGGGAAAUAUUUUCUUUAGGCGGUACACCCUACCCUGGCAUUGAAAUCAAUGAAAAAUUUAUCAACUUACUAAAGGAUGGUUAUGUGAUGGAGAACCCAGAAUAUUCGUCAGAUGAAUUGUACAAAGUCAUGAAAGCAACAUGGAGGACCGAACCAGAUAAAAGACCAACUUUUACACAAUUGGCCUGUCAAAUGGGAGAUUUAUUAGAAGCUGAUGUUAAACAGUAUUACUUGAAUUUAUAUACAUCCAAUUACUUAAAAAUGGUGGAUUCAAACAAGACAGAAGAUGAAUCGAGCAAAGGGGCGUGUGGAUAUAAUGGCUAUCUAAAAAUGAAUGGUGAACCGUCACACUAUACAAAAAUGGAGCAAGCUUCACCUCAUCCGACUGAUCAGAAUAAGUUCAAUGAAGAUAUCGACGGUAACAAAAGCCGCUACAACAACAAAGAACAGUGGUGUAAGGAGAAAUCUUGUCAUAUCGAACUUCAACCAUUGAGAGUAAAAGAAGAUUGUGAUAAUGUCAUAUCACGUCAAACAAAUAAACCUCAACAACCUCAACAAUAUAUUAAUACUUCCACAUACAGUCAAAGAAAUGAUGACACAGUUACUGAGGAUUCGAAUACACGUGUCCCUGUUUCCACUGUUAAGGAGAGGAUCGAUAUCUGAUAAUAAAGCGAGACCAGGCGACGAAAUGUGAAAUUUAUGUGUAGUAAAGGGAGACAUUUUUUUUUAACAAAGGAGAUAAAUCAUGGCCUGUUGAUUAAAAAUAACAAAUAAUUCAGGAAUGUCGUAAUAUUUUGUUAACAAUUACAUGGCUUUAUUUUUAUCAUGACUAAAUGAAUGCUUGUAAUAGACUUAUUUUAGCUUCAGACAGAUUUU